CCAUCCACAUGCCUCAGCCUUGUCGCUAGCAUGGCUGCUCUGUGGCUGUUCUCCUGCCUGGCAGUCCUCGGUGCGGCUCAUGGCUGUGGUGUGCAGGAAAUCCAGCCCAUCAUCAGUGGCUAUGCCCGCAUUGUGAAUGGUGAGGAGGCGGUUCCCGGAUCCUGGCCCUGGCAAGUCUCCCUGCAGGGCCUUACAGUUUCCCCCGGUUGGCAAUUGCAGCAGUCGAAGACGAACAGCUGGCACUUCUGUGGUGGCUCCCUGGUCAGUGAGCGUUGGGUGGUGACAGCUGCACACUGCAGAGUGACGAAAUCCAACGUGGUGGUGCUCGGGGAACAUGACCGCAGCUCCUCCCAAGAGAAAGUACAGAAAUUGGCCAUCCAGCAGGUUUUCACCCACCCGCAGUAUAACUCCUACACCAUCAACAAUGACAUCGCGCUCAUCAAGCUGGCCACGGCCGUGGAGCUGGGCAGCACUGCGGCUCCAGUGUGCCUGGCAGCUGCUGGGGAGCAGUACCAGAGUGGCCAGCUCUGCGUCACCACUGGCUGGGGCAAGACCCGCUACAACGCCUUAAGCACCCCAAGCAAACUGCAGCAGACAGCGCUGCCCCUGCUGACCAAUGAGGAGUGUAAAAACUACUGGAGCGGCAACAUCCUGGACUCGAUGAUCUGUGCUGGAGCAGCGGGCUCCUCCUCCUGCAUGGGUGACUCCGGCGGCCCCCUUGUCUGCCAGGAGAACGGAGUCUGGCAUCUAGUGGGCAUUGUGUCCUGGGGCAGCAGCCGCUGUGCCACCACCAUGCCAGGCGUCUACGCCCGCGUGAACCUGCUCCGUGAAUGGGCCGACGGCAUCAUGGCCAGCAACUGAGCCUGCUGUGGGGUCUUAGCAGCUAGGCCCCAGCUCGGCAGCUGCGGCUCUGCACCCUUCUCUCCCCACAGGUGACCUAGUCCCACCUGGCUCAAAGCCAGCCAUGUGGCCUUCCAAUAAAACCUUUCUGGAGCAUGGUGUCUCUUUGGGUUCCUGCCAUCUUUGGGGCACCAGCACACUGUGUCCACCGGACUGGGCACAGCCUGGGCACCACAUGCCAGUUGACCCAGCAGGGGUUGCUGACACCCACCGCGCAUAAGCUGGGCCCACAGCAGCUCCCCCAACUGAGCUUUGUGCCCAAGGCAAGGUGGCCAGCCAGGCUGUGGCCACUGGUGUGGAGCCAGGGAAGCUGAUCCAUACAAUCAUAGAAUAUCAGGGUUGGAAGGGACCUCAGGAGGUCAUCUAGUCCAACCCCCUCCUCAAAGUAGGACCAGCACCAACAAAAUCCAACUAAA